UAGCAUUUCCACAACAUGGGAAGACGAAGUGACGGCAUGCUGGUUAUCCGUAAACCCUAGCGAGCUGGAAUAAAGACAGAUCCAUAGUUAAAUUUCUUGUGUGGGUAUUUGUUUAUUAGAAGCUGCCAAAAUGGUGAAGGAGCAGUUCAGAGAGACAGAUGUGGCGAAAAAAAUAAGCCACAUCUGCUUUGGGAUGAAAUCUGCUGAGCAGAUGCGACAGCAGGCCCACAUCCAGGUGGUCAGUAAGAACCUGUACAGCCAAGACACCAAACACUCCCCACUGCCCUAUGGAGUGCUGGACCACCGUAUGGGUACCAGUGAGAAGGACAGGCCCUGUCUGACAUGUGGGAAGAACCUGGCCGAUUGUUUGGGACAUUACGGCUACCUGGACCUGGAGCUCCCAUGUUUUCAUGUUGGCUAUUUCAAAGCCACCAUAGGAAUCUUGCAGAUGAUUUGCAAGACGUGCUCAAGCAUAAUGCUGACGAAAGAGGAGAAGCUGCAGUUCAUGGAUUUCUUGAAGCGGCCUAACCUGGCCUAUCUCCAGAAACGGGGGUUGAAGAAGAAGAUCUCCGAUAAAUGCCGCAAAAGGACAAUCUGUCUAAACUGUGCCGCUUUCAAUGGACCGGUGAAAAAGUGCAGCCUGCUGAAGAUCAUCCAUGAGAAGUAUAAAACAACUAAGAAGGUGGUGGAUCAUUUUGUGUCAGAAUUCAUGCAGUCCUUUGAUACGGCCAUCGAACAUAACAAACUGGUCGAGCCUCUGCUGACCAGAGCACAGGAAAACCUGAAUCCUCUGGUGGUCCUGAACAUGUUUAAAAGGAUUCCCCAAGAAGACAUCCCCCUGCUGCUGAUGAACCCUGAAGCAGGGAAACCCGCAGACCUCAUCAUCACCCGCCUCCUUGUGCCUCCUCUCUGCAUCCGACCCUCUGUGGUCAGCGACCUCAAGUCGGGCACCAAUGAGGACGACCUCACCAUGAAGCUGACGGAGAUAAUCUUCCUUAAUGACGUCAUCAAAAAGCAUCGUAUGACCGGGGCGAAGACCCAGAUGAUCAUGGAGGACUGAGACUUCCUCCAGCUGCAGUGUGCCCUUUAUAUCAACAGUGAACUUUCUGGCAUCCCCCUCAACAUGGCACCUAAGAAAUGGACCAGAGGCUUUGUACAGAGACUCAAGGGAAAGCAAGGUCGAUUCAGGGGAAACCUCUCAGGGAAACGAGUGGACUUCUCCGGCCGAACUGUCAUUUCUCCUGACCCGAACCUGAGGAUCGACGAGGUGGCCGUCCCUGUGCAUGUGGCCAAAAUCCUGACGUAUCCAGAGAGGGUAAACAAAGCCAAUCUGGAGCUAAUGAGGAAACUUGUCCGCAAUGGUCCGGACGUUCACCCCGGAGCCAACUUCAUCCAGAACCGUACCGCACAGAUAAAGAGGUUUUUAAAAUAUGGAAACCGUGAAAAGAUUGCUCAGGAACUGAGGUUUGGUGACGUGGUGGAACGACACCUGAUAGAUGGAGACAUUGUGCUCUUCAAUCGACAGCCCUCUCUGCACAAACUCAGCAUCAUGGCCCACAUUGCCAGAGUCAAACCACACAGGACAUUUCGGUUCAACGAGUGUGUGUGCACCCCGUACAAUGCCGACUUUGAUGGUGAUGAAAUGAAUCUCCACUUACCUCAGACUGAAGAGGCCAAAGCCGAGGCCCUGGUCCUGAUGGGGACCAAAGCUAAUCUCGUCACUCCAAGAAAUGGCGAACCACUGAUUGCUGCUAUUCAGGACUUUUUGACAGGAGCUUAUCUCUUGACGCUCAAGGACACCUUCUUUGACAGAUCAAAAGCCUGUCAGAUAGUGGCAUCAAUUCUUGUGGGAAAAGAUGAGAAAAUCAAGAUCUCUCUCCCGCGCCCCGCUAUCAUGAAGCCCAUGGCUCUGUGGACCGGAAAACAGAUCUUCAGCAUGAUUCUGAAGCCCAGUAAGGAGUGUCCAGUGAAGGCCAACCUGCGGACCAAAGGCAAACAGUACUGCGGCAAGGGAGAGGAUCUCUGUCACAAUGACUCCUUUGUGGUGAUUCACAACAGUGAGCUGAUGAGUGGCAGCAUGGACAAGGGCACUUUGGGAUCCGGCUCCAAGAACAACAUUUUUUACAUCCUGCUGAGAGACUGGGGACAGCUUGAGGCUGCUAACGCCAUGUCCCGCCUGGCGAGACUGGCUCCGGUGUAUCUCUCCAACAGAGGUUUCUCUAUUGGAAUUGGUGACGUGACACCUGGACAGGGUCUGCUGAAAGCCAAACAGGACCUGCUGGAUGACGGCUACAAGAAGUGUGAUGAGUACAUCGAAGCUUUGGAGACGGGCAAGUUACAGCAGCAGCCGGGCUGCACAGCAGAGGAGACACUGGAGGCUCUGAUCUUGAGAGAGCUGUCUGUAAUCAGAGACCGAGCCGGCAGUGCCUGUCUCAGGGAGCUCGACAAAAGUAACAGUCCUCUGAUCAUGGCCCUCUGUGGCUCCAAAGGAUCCUUCAUUAAUAUCUCUCAGAUGAUUGCUUGUGUGGGCCAGCAGGCCAUAAGUGGCUCUCGAGUACCUGAUGGUUUUGAGAAUCGCUCCCUGCCUCACUUUGAAAAACACUCAAAGCUUCCUGCUGCUAAAGGCUUUGUGGCGGACAGCUUCUAUUCUGGUCUGACACCCACAGAGUUCUUCUUUCACACCAUGGCAGGCCGAGACGGUCUGGUGGACACUGCAGUGAAAACUGCAGAGACUGGAUACAUGCAGAGACGUCUAGUGAAGUCUCUGGAGGAUUUGUGCUCACAGUACGACCUGACAGUACGCAGCUCCACGGGUGACAUCAUCCAAUUUAUUUAUGGCGGCGACGGCCUGGAUCCUGCUGCAAUGGAAGGAAAGGAUGAGCCGCUGGAGUUUAAGAGAGUUCUGGACAACAUUCGGGCGGUCUAUGCAUGUUCAGAUGAGCCUGCACUCAGUCAAAAUGAGCUGGUCCUCACUGCAGAAGCUAUCAUGAAAAGAGCUGAUUUCCUGUGCUGCAGAGACAGCUUCUUGGAGGAAUUAACUGACACAGGCUCAGAGAAGUACUUGGAGGAGAUAAAGAAAUUCAUUAAAGGUGUUUCAGAAAGGAUCAAGAAGACCAGAGACAAGUACGGCAUAAACGACAACGGCACUAGUGAGCCAAAAGUUCUCUAUCAGCUGGACCUUUGGUUAAUAGAACAUGAAGAGAUAAUUGGGGAAAAACCAUGGACUGUAUAUGAAAGACAGACACAGCAACUGGGAUGUCACCCAUUGAGCCCAGAUGGAACCAGGCUCAGCAGUAGGUGCCCUGUGUGCUCAGAGCAUCGGAGAGCCUGGCACUCAAAUGACACUGAAAACCUUUCACUUCGCCGGUGUAGCUUCAAUGAACAUCACUCUGGGGGUUCCUCGCAUAAAGGAAAUCAUCAAUGCUUCCAAGAACAUCAGCACCCCUAUAAUCACGGCUCACUUGGAUGUGGAAGACGACGCUGACUAUGCCAGGCUGGUGAAGGGGAGAAUUGAGAAGACUCUUCGAGGAGAGAUUUCUGAGUACAUAGAAGAGGUUUUUCUUCCAGAUGACUGCUUCAUCCUGGUGAAAUUAUCACUGGAGAGAAUCAGACUGCUGCGACUGGAG